AUGGAACAGAAUCCGUUCUUUAGUGAAAUAGUGGUAGGAAAAUACGUAAACAAGAGGAAACUAAGGAGCAGAUGCUAUGAAGGAAUACCAGAUGAGCACAGGGUGGUGGCAUACAAGCUCCUUUUAGGAGUUUAUGAAACAGAUACGACACUCUUCCAGGAAAUAGACGAAAACAACCUGAAUCUGUACAAAAUGUCACUUGCAAGCAAUACCGACUACUAUUCUGAAGAAUACUUUACAAGCCAAAAUGGCCUAUAUGUCUCGUACCAAAUCAGUACAUCUGUAAUUCACCAAAUAUUCAUCGAUAUAAGGAGAAUUGACCUAAAACACAGAAUUAUCAAUGGGGUGGAUCUGAGCUACGUUUACAUGAAUGUGUUGGUGAUGACUGCUGCCCGUAGGCCGUAUUUGGAGUACGUGCAAGGGAUGUGUGAUCUAGUUGUUCCAUUUCUGGUUUUGAUUUUUGAUGAUAACUCAAAUUCAAUGCAAAAGGAAUCAGACGUAUUUGCAUGCUUUGAUAAGUUGCUUGAUAGAAUUCAACACAACAUAAUCAGUAUGCAGGAGACACCAAUAGAACAGACUAAGAAUAAGUUAAGACGAACUGACAGAAAGUUGUACAGGCAUUUUAAGAGAAUUGACCUGAAUUUGCAUUUCAUCACUUUCAGGUGGUUUAAUUGCCUCUUUGUUCGUGAAUUCGACCUCAGAACACUGCUUCGGCUCUUUGAUUCGAUGCUAUCAGCAGACACAGACAUAUUUCUAGUCAAUUUUGCAGUAACUCUACUGAUAUCAUGUAGAAAUAGUCUCCUUGAAAAGGAUUUCAGUGAAGCCGUAAGUUACAUUCAAAACAUUGGGAAAUCAGACAUAGGCGUAUUAGAAAUACUAAGGAAUUCAGUUCUACUUGACAUAGAUCAAAAUAUGUGA